AUGACUCCACCUUCCCCUUCACCUGUGCCUUCCGCAGUCUCUUCCGCCGCAGCCUCACAACAUUCGCAUGACCCUCCGGAUGGAGAUGCUUCGGUAGCACGCGCCCUGGCGGGCAUGAAUCUGGCUGCCCACGCAAACGGGGACGCUCUCCCUGCUCCGGCAUUAUCUUCCGCCGGCAAGCCGACUAAAGCUACUAUGGCCGCUCGCCUCACUCGCAUGUUCUCAACCACAGCGAAACACACAGCAAGUAAAGAGAAUAACGACGUGCCGCGGGAACUAUCCGACAGUAGCGUGGAAAGUAUCCAGCCUAUCAACGGCAAGACCUCGAAACCACCGUCUCAACCCGCCUCCGGACCGCCUUCUAGACCUCCAUCAAGAGGAGAAAAUUCCCGAACACCAUCACGAAAUCCCUCGCUCAAGAGCGAGCCCGUGGAAAAGGACAGGAAGAAAAUGGAUGAGAAAAAGACAAAAGAUGGAGCUUUAGUCAACAAGCGAUUUGAGGUUGUGUCGGAAGCUCUCGGCAACCAUGUACACAACCUCAGAAGUGCUAGACGGCAAGAGAAGCUCACCGAUCUAUUGCGAGAUAUGAUGGGUGGUAGCCGGAAAAAGGAUGACCAGGCCGAUGAGCAACAGCUGUCGCUGAUGUCGACUUGGAUUGAUCAGUUCAAGACGGAGCGCGAUAAGCUGGCUGCCGAUAAGAAGGGUGGCCCGAACGCCACCGCGUCUCUGGUUGACAAGUACGGCAAGUGCCAGGAGAUUGUCGGCCGCGGUGCCUUCGGUAUCGUGCGCAUCUCGCACAAGGUCGACCCCCAAGAUUCCAAAUGUGAACAGCUGUAUGCUGUCAAGGAGUUCCGCCGCCGGCCGCAAGAAACGACCAAGAAGUAUCAAAAACGUCUGACUUCGGAAUUUUGCAUCUCAUCUUCCCUUCGUCACCCGAACGUCAUUCACACUUUGGACCUCUUGCAAGAUGCCAAGGGAGAUUACUGUGAAGUCAUGGAGUACUGCGCUGGUGGCGACCUGUACACCUUGGUCCUUGCUGCCGGCAAAUUAGAAGUCGCCGAAGCCGACUGCUUUUUUAAGCAGUUGAUGCGCGGUGUCGAGUAUAUGCAUGAAAUGGGUGUCGCACACCGCGACCUCAAGCCCGAAAAUUUGCUUUUGACCACUCACGGAGCACUCAAGAUCACCGAUUUUGGUAAUGGUGAAUGCUUCCGUAUGGCCUGGGAGAAGGAAGCCCAUAUGACCGCCGGACUCUGCGGCUCCGCCCCCUAUAUUGCCCCAGAGGAAUACGUCGAGAAAGAAUUCGAUCCCCGAGCGGUUGAUCUCUGGGCGACUGGAGUGAUCUACAUGGCCAUGCGCACCGGGCGGCAUCUUUGGCGUGUGGCACGCAAGGAUGAAGACGAGUUCUACCAGCGGUACCUUGACGGUCGUAAACAUGAAGAUGGAUACGCUCCGAUUGAGACGUUACAUCGAGCUCGUUGUCGCAACGUGAUCUACUCCAUCCUUGAUCCCAAUCCUUCUCGCCGCAUCAAUGCCUCACAGGUCCUCAAAUCCGAAUGGGUGCGCCAGAUCAAGCUGUGUAAGGCCGGCGAGGAAGGGUUUUGA